CCUCAGCCAGGUGAGAUCUCGCGGAGCUUAGCCGGCGGAAGUGACGUGUCUUUCUCCAGGCUUUGGUGGGUCCAGGGGCCCCUCCUCCUAGAGCGGCCGCCUUUUCCCGCGCGAGCCACCUCUGCGGCUUGGGCCACCAGCGGGGAAACAUGGCGUCCGCCCUGGAGCAGUUCGUGAACAGUGUCCGACAGCUCUCAGCUCAAGGGCAAAUGACUCAGCUCUGUGAGUUGAUCAACAAGAGUGGAGAACUCCUUGCGAAGAACUUGUCUCACUUGGACACUGUGCUUGGGGCUCUAGAUGUUCAGGAACACUCCUUGGGUGUCCUUGCUGUUCUGUUUGUGAAGUUUUCAAUGCCCAGUGUUCCUGACUUUGAAACACUAUUCUCACAGGUUCAGCUUUUCAUUAGUACUUGUAAUGGCGAGCACAUUCGAUAUGCAACAGAUACGUUUGCUGGGCUUUGCCAUCAGCUAACAAAUGCACUUGUGGAAAGAAAACAGCCCCUUCGAGGAAUUGGCAUCCUUAAGCAAGCAAUCGACAAGAUGCAGAUGAAUACAAACCAGCUGACCUCAGUACAUGCCGAUCUCUGCCAGCUUUGUUUACUAGCAAAGUGCUUUAAACCUGCCCUUCCAUAUCUUGAUGUGGAUAUGAUGGACAUCUGUAAAGAGAAUGGAGCUUAUGAUGCAAAACACUUUCUGUGCUACUAUUAUUAUGGAGGGAUGAUCUAUACGGGGCUGAAGAACUUUGAAAGAGCACUCUACUUUUAUGAGCAGGCCAUUACUACUCCUGCCAUGGCAGUCAGCCAUAUCAUGUUGGAAUCCUAUAAAAAGUAUAUUUUAGUGUCUUUGAUAUUACUUGGCAAAGUACAGCAGCUGCCUAAAUACACGUCUCAAAUUGUGGGUAGAUUUAUUAAGCCGCUCAGCAAUGCGUACCAUGAGUUAGCACAAGUUUACUCCACCAAUAACCCGUCUGAGCUCCGGAACCUGGUGAACAAGCACAGUGAAACUUUUACUCGAGACAACAACAUGGGCCUGGUGAAGCAGUGCCUGUCGUCUCUCUAUAAGAAGAACAUUCAGAGGCUAACAAAGACCUUUUUAACACUAUCGUUACAAGAUAUGGCGAGUCGUGUACAAUUGUCUGGACCUCAGGAGGCAGAAAAAUACGUUCUCCACAUGAUAGAAGAUGGGGAAAUUUUUGCAAGUAUCAAUCAAAAGGAUGGUAUGGUCAGUUUCCAUGAUAAUCCUGAAAAAUAUAAUAACCCAGCCAUGCUUCAUAACAUUGAUCAAGAGAUGCUAAAGUGCAUAGAGCUGGAUGAGCGGCUGAAGGCCAUGGACCAGGAGAUCACGGUGAAUCCCCAGUUUGUUCAAAAGAGUAUGGGCUCACAAGAAGAUGAUUCAGGAAACAAGCCCUCCAGUUACUCUUGAAACUAACGCCCAUCCAGAGAUAACAGAAUUGUCACCUUGGCCUGGCGAGUGUGAAGAGGGCAGCAGGAAGUACCAUGCCAGUCCCACGCCGGUUCCACCUGGACAUCAGAAAUUCAGUUUUAACAUCUUCAGCCCUAUUGCUUUCAGAAAACCAGUCUGCAAAGAAAGAAAAAAAAAUAUCAAACUUUAGAGUCUGUUGUGGAUUUAUUUAUCCUCAGAUUAUUGUUAUUACAUUAAAGUUACUUUUUUGUUCUAA